GAGAACUCCCAAUUCUAUCAUAACUUAAGCAUUAUUAGCAUCUCUUACACUUGUCAAGCCCCCAUCCAUUGCUAUGCAUACUACUAGUAGCCACUGCACUAGGAAUGAUACUGCUUUAGUGAAUAAUGAUACUGCAUGUGUCGAUGAUAAAUCAAUUGUUCGUAGAUCGGGCAAUUUUCCUCCUCCAAUCUGGGAUGAUGAUUUCGUUCAAUCUCUUACCAGCGAUUUCAAGGGAGAAAUAUGCAAUAAAUAUGCAGGGGACUUGAAGGAACGUGUGAGGAUGCUGCUCAACAAAGAAGAUACAGACAACCUUAAGAAGCUUGAGUUAGUUGAUUCAGUUCAGAGGCUUGGAGUGGGUCAUCACUUCAAGAAUGAAAUUAUCAGAAUUCUGGAAGCCGUGAACAAGAAUGACAAGUGGGACGGCAAAGAUAAUCUGCAGGCCACAUCUCUCAAAUUCCGACUCUUAAGACAACAUUAUUUUAAAGUUCCUCAAGAGGUUUUCAAUGGAUAUUUGAACAAAUCAGGGAAGUUCAAGAUCAGUCUCGCCGGUGACAUGAAGGGUAUGCUAUACUUGUACGAGGCCUCAUACCAUUCAAAAACGAAUGAGAAGAUAUUGGACGAGGCACAACAUUUCACAACCAAACAUAUGAGAGAUUAUGUAAACAAUAACAACAGUAAAGACGAGAAACUUAGUAAACUUGUGAGCCAUGCUUUGGAACAUCCACUGCAUUGGACGGAGUCAAGAAUGGAAGCAAGGUGGUACAUUGACUACUUUGAGACAUCAAUGCUAGCAGACGAUAUAAAAGAUUCUGAUUUGCUUCGUUUUGCAAAAUUGGACUAUAACAUGCUCCAGGCUACUUAUCAAGAUGAACUCAAAGAGAUGUCAAGAUCGUGGAAGCGCAUACAAUGGGAAGAAAAAUUUAACUUUUCCAGGGGAACGUUGGUACAGGGUUUCUAUUGGAGCCUGGGUAUCAAAAUUGGUUCUGAGUUUAAAUAUGCAAGGAACGUGCUCAGUGCUCUUAAUGUCUUCAUAACAACUAUUGACGAUAUCUAUGAUGUCUAUGGUACUUUAGAGGAACUUGAACUGUUGACAAAAUUAACAAAAAGUUGGGAUGCGGCAGAUCUGGACCAACUCCCAGAUUUUAUGAAGAUCUGUUUUACAGAAUUCUAUAGUGAGAUCAAUAAAUUAGAUGAUGUAGCUCAACGUGAACAUGGUGUCUCCAUCCUUCCUUACAUCCAAAAAAUGUGGACUGGUCUUUUUGAAGCUUAUUUGGUGGAGGCCAAGUGGUACAACAGCGGAUAUAAACCAAGUCUCAGUGAAUACCUCGACAAUGCAUGGGUCUCAAUAUCAGGCCCCGUAAUCUUAACCUAUACGUACUUCUUGACAGCAGAUUCGGUGAAGGAAGAAGACUUGCAGUGCUUAAUGACUUAUCCAAACAUCCUUCGUCAUUCAGCAACUAUUUUGAGACUUGCAGAUGAUAUGGGAACUUCAUCUCAUGAAAUGGAGAGGGGGGACAAUCCAAAAGCGAUCCAAUGCUACAUGAAUGACAAGGGUGUUUCGGAAGACAAAGCCAGAGAACACAUUAAGUACUUGGUAACCGAGACAUGGAAGAAGUUAAAUGAAGAGUGUGCAGAAUCUCCUUUGCCCAAGUCAUUUAGAGAAAAUUGCUUACAUCUGGCAAGGAUAGCUUGUUGUGUUUAUUUAUAUGGAGAUGGACAUGGUCUCCCCAGUUCCCGUGACAAAGAGCGUCUGUUGUUUCUGUUUGUUCACCCCAUUCCUCUUUGAGCAAUUCUCAGUUCAACCUGACAAAAUGAAAUAAGCUCAGCACUCCAAAAAUAAUUAAUCCAGAUUUUGAUUGGUGACCGAGACCGUGCAGCCUCAAAGCUUCGAACGUUCUGCUGUGACUGAUCUCAUCUUUAUAUUUCAUCAUUUCUUCCACUCUCUUUCCAGUUUCUUUAAUUUAUGUUGUUGAUGAAUUUAGUAUGGGGCAUAACAACAUGUUAUAUGUUAAUUUAUGUUGUUGAUGGUUGUGUUUUGUUUGUUUGCUUUCAAUAAGUUGCUCCUGGUAAGCAUAUAAACCUGAGUGUUGUCUUCAUUUUUAUGUUUGAGAUAUUAUCAAGUUAUGAGAUUUCUCUUUUUC